CCCCGCCCCGCCAAGCCCGAAGAAUACGCAGAAGCUUGAGGAUGAGUUCGUGAGCACGAGGGCGCCGCUGCUCACUGCACUGUGUAUAUAUACAUGGAACAGGCAAACUCUCUGAGCUUCAUGACUAAUGAAUGAUAUCUCAACAUCCACCACCUCGAACAAACACUUCACAAUCACCCAAAAUAUAUGCGCUUGGUUUAACUUGCGCGUCAUCUCCACAACCCUUUCAUCCGGACUUUAGAUCUUCACGCAGGCGUUGCGGUCCCUGCCACAUCCAACUGACGUCGUCGCCGCUUUCCUGCCCACCAAAGAGCCGCAUUUCUGCUCUACCGCUCUCAACAAACACCUGCUCUGCAUUACGAAGCAACUUUACAAAUUCGAUAGCCCACAUUCUAUCGGUACCGAUUGACGAGCGUUGAGAGAAACGACUUGCACAAAACCUCGCACAAAGUCACAGCUUUGGCACUGCCGGGAAGGACUACAGGAAGAUGGUGGAAGCAACAGAUGGAACGGCUCAGCCAACCUGGAAGUUUACUCAAUGUUUCGGAGACAAGGGCGAUGUUGAAGAUAUCACAGAAGCCGACAUAAUCUCAACAGUCGAGUUUGAUCAAACAGGAAACUAUUUGGCCACAGGUGAUAAGGGCGGACGAGUCGUCCUUUUCGAACGCAACGAGACCAAGAAGACCUGCGAAUACAAAUUUCACACCGAGUUUCAGUCACAUGAGCCGGAGUUCGAUUAUUUAAAAUCGCUUGAGAUUGAAGAGAAAAUCAACAAAAUCAAGUGGUGCCGACGACAGAAUGCCUCGCAUUACCUGCUCUCUACAAACGACAAGACCAUCAAAUUAUGGAAGGUCUUUGAGAAAUCCCUGAAGGUUGUCGCCGAAAACAAUCUAUCCCAGGAGCUGACGCCUGCUGGAGCUGGUGGUGCGAAUGGCGGCGGACCAGUCAGAUAUCCAAGCCAUUUCCGGAGUGCUGCCGAUCUCAAAUUCCCACGCAUGACCCACCACGACACAGUUGUUGCGGCUGUGCCGCGGAGAGUCUACGCGAACGCUCAUGCGUAUCACAUCAACAGCAUCUCUGUCAACAGUGAUGGCGAAACUUUUAUUAGUUCAGAUGACUUGCGGAUAAACUUGUGGAACCUCAACAUUCAGGACCAGAGUUUCAACAUUGUGGAUAUCAAGCCGGCGAACAUGGAAGAGCUCACAGAAGUCAUUACCGCUGCCGAAUUCCAUCCGACCAGCUGCAAUUGGUUCAUGUACGCUUCGAGCAAAGGCACGAUCAAACUCGCAGAUAUGCGACAGAAGGCGCUCUGCGAUGAGCAUGCCAAACAAUUCGAACAAGAGGAAGAUCCCGCUUCACGCUCAUUCUUCUCGGAAAUCAUUUCUUCCAUUUCAGACGUCAGAUUUUCUCACGAUGGCAGAUACAUAUUAUCACGCGACUACCUCACCGUCAAGAUCUGGGAUGUGAACAUGGAACGACAACCCGUGAAGACGAUUCCAAUUCACGAACAUCUCCGACCCAGACUUUGUGACACUUACGAAAAUGACAGCAUCUUUGACAAGUUCGAGGUCGUCUUCUCCGGAGACGCGAAGAACGUCAUGACCGGGUCAUACAACAACAACUUCAUGAUCUAUCCGUCGGAGGAAGGAAAGGACACCGAAGUUGUCUUACAAGCCGACAAGAGCGCCUUCAAGGCGAAGAAGGUCGGAAUACCGACACCAAUGAACUCCGCCUCAAGCCCGGGAACGGGCAAGGACGGCAAGAAGAUCGAUUUCAACAAAAAAAUCCUGCACAUGAGCUGGCACCCGCAAGAAGACAGCAUUGCCAUUGCGGCAACGAACAACCUAUUUGUUUUCUCGGCACUAUAGACCGCUGGGGUAGGUUGAUGGAAGGUGGCCCAAAUCGCUG